AUCCUUCUAAAAUACCAACUGUAAAUAAAACUACAACAGAUUCAGCCUUUUUACUGCAUAAGCUUGCCCUUUAUCGUCCAGUGAUGCAGGAAUGUGAAGGAUGCUGAGCGUCCACCUGAUACUUCUUUACGCCCGGGGGAGGGUCUCUUCAGUCUCCGCUCUACCACAACUCGGCCCAGCUCUGGCAGGCAGACACGCAUGUUUUGAGGGAUCUACCAGAAACAUGAUCACCAUGGGAACCUAAGCGCAUUCCUCGGCUUCGGUCAGACGACUCGACAUCUUCAUGUGUACAGCGUUAUUCUCCAAAGAUCAGACGAGAGGGGAGAGGAGUGGAGACGGGGCGCCGGAAACAACAACAGCAAGCAGAAGCCGACAUCAUCAGUCGCUGCAACGUGAACGCCGAGGUCAUCGUAAAGCUACGAUUUCUAUGAUGUCCUCUGUCUUUAUGCCAAUCGAUCUGAAGCUCCAAGAACUCUGAAAAACAGUGAGGCGCUGCCAUUAUCCUGACUCAUCUCUUCGUUCAUUUUUGAUACCGGUAACUUCCAGGAUGUGAUGAAGAUUGAGGGUAGGAAACCCUAGUAAAUCAGGAAGACAGCAGCUAGGAUACCAUGGAUGCUAUGGAGUGACAGGUCACAUUGGCUUUGAUUGAAACUCGACAAUGGUGUUGUUUGGUGUCAGUAAUUCAUCUCAUGGCAACCACACCGCAGACAACCCCACCCCAGCUCAUGUUCUGCCCUCGACGCUGAUCAUAUCCUUGCUUCUUAUCAUUGUUGUCCUGCUGACAAUCUACUGUCUGAGGUUUAAAAACCACCGGAAAGCCCUAGUCACAUCAGUGGAUAAGAAGAUUCCAAAUGGCUUCUUGGAGGAACAAGGAGAGCAGACAGUGGUCCUCCUCCCAAGAUCUCCAUCGCCGUCCAAGAGAUACUUCCCAAUCCCUCUGGACUCGCUGGAGGAGGAGUACCGGAUACGCUCUGCCGACGAUGGCAAGCUCUUCAGAGAGGAGUUCAAUUCACUGCCAUGUUACUACCACCAUGGGUCCUUUGAGGAGGCGAGCAGAGAGCACAACAGAGAGAAAAACAGAUACCCGAACAUUUUACCAUAUGAUCAUUCGAGGGUGGUACUCAGUCAGCUCGAUGGACAUCUCUGCUCAGACUACAUAAAUGCCUCUUUUAUAGAUGGGUAUAAAGAGAAGAACAAAUUUAUUGCAGCUCAAGGCCCCAAGCCUGAGACGGUGGCUGAUUUCUGGCGAAUGAUUUGGGAGCAGAAAACCACAACUAUAGUGAUGCUGACAAAUUUAAAAGAAAGAAAGGAGGAGAAAUGCUGCCAGUAUUGGCCAGAAAAAGGCUGGUGGCUGUACGGAAAUAUCCGUGUGGCAACUGAAGACGUCGUUGUGCUCGUGGACUACACGAUUAGAAAGUUCUGCGUUCAGUAUGACAGCGAUGGAGUCCGAGUCCCUCGACUGGUCACCCAGCUCCACUUCACCAGCUGGCCAGACUUCGGGGUGCCAUUCACACCAAUCGGAAUGCUUAAAUUCCUCAAGAAGGUCAAAGCUGUCAAUCCUUCACAUGCUGGAUCUAUUGUUGUACACUGCAGCGCUGGAGUGGGGAGGACAGGGACAUUCAUUGUCAUUGACAGCAUGAUCGACAUGAUGUACAUGGAGCAGCGAGUGGAUGUCUUUGGCUUUGUGAGCAGAAUACGAGAGCAGCGCUGUCAACUCAUCCAGACAGACAUUCAGUACUCCUUUAUCUACCAGGCUCUGUUGGAGUACUAUCUGUACGGAGACACUGAGCUAGAUGUAUGCUCUCUGGAGAGCCAUCUGCAAAGGCUUCACAACACCAGGGCCCCCCACGACAGGCUGGGCCUGGAGGAGGAAUUCAGGAAGUUGACCAACGUUCGCAUUAUGAAGGAGAACAUGAGGACCGGGAACCUUCCAGCCAACAUGAGGAAGAAUCGUGUACUUCAGAUCAUCCCAUAUGAUUUCAACCGAGUAAUACUCUCAGUGAAAAGAGGACAAGAGUUCACUGACUACAUCAAUGCCUCCUUUAUUGAUGGCUACAGGCAGAAGGACUAUUUUAUCGCAACCCAGGGCCCCCUGUCUCACACAGUGGAGGACUUCUGGAGGAUGGUGUGGGAGUGGAGGUGUCAUUCAAUCGUUAUGCUCACUGAACUCAAAGAAAGGGAGCAGGAAAAGUGUUUCCAGUAUUGGCCAUCAGAGGGCAGUGUAACAUUUGGAGAUUACACAGUGGAGCUGAAGGGAGAAACACAAUGUGAAACCUUCACGCGCAGAGAUAUGGUUCUGACCAACAAACCAGAAAAACAGUUGCAACACGUCCGGCACUUCCACUUCCAUGGAUGGCCCGAGAUUGGAAUACCAGGAGAGGGGAGGGGGAUGAUUGACAUUGUUGCUGCUGUGCAGAGGCAGCAGCAACAGUCUGGGAACCGUCCCAUAGUUGUACACUGCAGCGCUGGAGCAGGACGGACCGGCACCUUUAUUGCUCUCAGCAACAUUCUGGAGAGAGUGAAAGCCGAAGGCCUUCUGGAUGUUUUUCAGACAGUCAAGAGUUUACGCAUGCAAAGACCACACAUGGUUCAGACUGUGGAGCAGUAUGACUUCUGCUACAGAGUGGUCCAGGAUUUUAUCGACAUUUUCUCAGACUAUGCCAAUUUUAAAUAGAUCAUUUUGUACAUACAUCAGUCAAAUAAAAGUCUGCUUUGUUUUUCUGAAUGUUGAUUGGUAAAGCUUUUUACAUUUUGCACUUAGCAUUACAGAACUUAGAAAAAUUUUAGGAGAUAUUUGGCACAGCAAAGCUUUAGAGAUAAAUCUCCUUAAAACUUCAGUCUAAUCUGAACAGCUGAGGCUUUCUGAAGGAAUCUAUUCAGUACUAUUGUAGACAUUUGUAAGUAAAAUUAUUAAGUAAUCUCUUGUUUAUUGUGUAAACAUUAUUUAUGAUCAAAGAGAAAGGGAAAUCUUCAUAUACUUUAUUUCGGCCUUAUAGUACUUCCAUUCUGUCUGGGAUUCACUUAACAGCUGCUGCCUGCUGCAAUUAGAUUCAUCCUCACUAACUAACUUCUGUUUUGCCUGUGGCGAUAAAUAUUAGUGGAUUGGUGCCUGACUUGGCAACAUGCAAUUAGCUCGUAUUGGAACAGGCAGGAAGUAAUGUGUAAUGUGUUAUCAAGAAUUCAGAUGCAUCAUCCCAGUCAAGCGUCACAUUCUGCUUUUAAAAGAAUAAAUUUUAUACAUUGAAUCGAGCCAGCUUUACAUGCUUCCAUCUUGUAUAGAUCAGUGUCAUGUUGAUUAGGCAAAGUUCUAAUCUUGAGAAACUUGUCACAAAGUGACAAAUUAAAUAAGGUUAAGCCAGUUGUUUGUGAUAUCCAUUUUUUUAUGUAACGUACAUUUUGAAGAAGGGUUUAUUGUAUAAAUUAGGAAAUAAAAGCUUGCAAAAACACUGUUCUAUUUUCUUUACCUGCCUAUUUAGGUUCCUGAUACUAGAGGGUUUGUCCAGUGAUUGCCAGGUAUGAGGUGAGGUACACCCUGGAUGAUUCGCUGUUUCACCAGAGAGCCAACACACACAACGUACAAGACAAAUAAAUAAUAAUCAGGCAAACACCCACACCUUAGGCCAAUUUUAAGAUUGCCAAUUUUCUGCCAUUAGUGUUUUGUAGAGUGUGGCAGGAAACUAGAGUCAGGGUUCCUACAAAACCUUUAAGUAUUUAAAAACUAAAAAUAGAGUCUGGGAACUCAUUUACUGGAUGGUUCUUACAUGAAUGGCACCCUGGGUAAGCUCCUCUUUUUGCUUUGAAACACACCCUUUACCAGAGAUAACAUAUAUGUCUAGCUUCAACCUUUAUACAGUUGUUAAGCCUCCAGCCUGUAAGCAUAGAUUUUUGGUUUUGAAGUUUUUAAUUUGUAAAUUAAGAACUAAAACAGUUUUAGAUUUUCUUAUGGGAAGAAUUGUAUUUAAUACAGAAAGUUUUAUGUGUUAACAACUAAUUUAUAUGAUGUAAGGAUGGUGACAUUUAGUUAUAACGCUCAUAGCCACUAAUAUUGUCAGAUCCAUUAGACUAUCAUCUACUUCUACAUCUCGCUGACCCACUAUUAUUUAGAUAGUCUAAGUCUAACCUUAAUGUCAGCUGCAGAUUUAAAAUGGGUCACUCUUGCAAAUGAAAACUUGUGUCUUAAGGAGAUUUACCUAAAUUAAUAAAGGUGAAUAAAAACAAAAAUAAAAAUUUGAAAAAUCUGUAUAACAUAUUGUGUUGACUGGAUUGAAAAUGAGCAAUAGAAAAUUCUUUUGAGGCGCAGCUGAUGGAUGACGACCCCCAAACUGCGUAUGGCAUCCCCCAUACCGUGGCGCCCCGGGUGGGGAGCUUUAUCUAUUAUAUCAACAUACCACUAGUGACUGGAUGUUUCCAGACUCUUUUCCAUGUUCUGUUUAGUAAAACCUAAAAAUCUGACUUUUUAUAGUAAAUCUCUGAAAAACGUGGAGGAAUUAUUGAGACUAAUUAUAAAUGGAAGACUUAUGGAAGUCACAGUACCUGCUACAAUUAUUUUGACAAGUUGGCUGAUUCAUUAUUUUGAUAUUAUUAAGACAAAGACAUUUUUUUAAAAUAAUGAUAUGAUUAAAAUGUAAAGAUUAGUUAGUGAUGGAUGUUUUUCAGCUUGAACCAGCCGCUAGCAUCAUUGCUCUUUAAUGAAGAGACCACUGCUAAUUUUUUUUAGGUUUCUCUGAUUUUACUAUUAAUAAGUAUGUGUUUCAGUAACAUUAACAUUUGUGUUUUAUUCUGUAAACUACUUACAACAUUUCUGCUAAAUGCUAAACAGAAAUACUGGCAUCAUCAGUAUUAUUUGCAUAAAAUGACUAAUGGUUAAAAAUGACAAAUAUGAAGUAGCUUCUAACUUCAAAUAAUCCAAGCCAAUAAUGUAUAUAUAUCCACUAUCAAAGCAAAUGAAGCGUUGUUUCUGCAGAUCCAAAAAUGAUGAAUCUGUUAUCAAAACAUAACGGAAUAUUAAACCUUAUCAAAACAAACAAGCACACCUUCUCUUUAUUUCAGGUUAAUUAGAUAACUUAUUUGGAUAAAGUGAUGAAAAAAAAAAAAAUUCUGAGAGACAAAAACAGGCUUUAUUCACUCUUUUGGGGCUUCUUAGAGCAUUCUGAUAUCAAAUCCCAAACACACAAAAACAUGAUAAAAUUAAAUUAAACUUUGUGAAAAUUGACUGAGAUGAUUU